CUUAGCAGAGUGUAAAAGAAUACCUUAUUUUCAAGAAGAAAGUAGAAUUUUAGUUAACGCUGAACCCUCGAUUUUUGCUGCAAAAUCGUCGCGUAAAGUUCGUUGUUUUUGUUGAUGGUAGUCCUGACCGCCUAAAUGCAGUCUUUAUCGUCGCAGAUGUCACAACAGGACCAACAAUUGACGAAACUAGCAGAAUGGUGGCAGUCCUACAGUCAAGCAAUUGCUGCUUAUACUAACCAGACCCCACAGCCCACAUCCCAGUCUAGUACCCAACCUCCUAAUGCAGCAUCAUCUACAAGCAGCAACUCGGCAGCUGCAGCUGCUCAGUAUUAUGGUACAGGUGGUGUGUCGUCCUCCAUGCUUGCUACAUCAGGGAAUAACCCGGCAGCACCACCGGCAAACCAGUACGCAGACUUUUAUGCCCAAAUGGAAAAGUACUACGCUGCCUGCGGCAAUUACUCCCAGGGGCAGAGUUCAGGGUCCUUCAACAGCGGGAGUUACUGUCAGCAGUCGGGUAGCAGCGGUGGUACACACUAUUCAUCUAGCUCCUCUAGUCAGCAACAGAGUAGCGGAUCAUAUUCUGCAAGUUGGCGGGGAUCGGGACGGAGCAAUGAACGUGGAAGGGGAUGGGGUCGUGGCAGAGGUAGCUUCAGCCGAGGUGGGAGGCAGUGGAUAGAUCACUGGACUCCAAGUGGACAGGGUCAAGACACACUGAAAGCAAACCCAGAAGAUGUCUUUGACUGGUGGGUGGGUCCAACCACAAAUGAGUCAACCGUUGGCUCUGCUGGGGGUCAUUUCAGUAGUAGGGAUGACCGGGGUAGCCAUUCUCGUCAGCACGAUGUUCAUCGUGACGAUCAUCGCCAGCAGCAUGAUAUACGCAAAGAUGACCAUCACACUGAUAGAUACAGAAACAUAAGAGACAGUGAUCGAUCAAGAUGGAGCCCCCACAGUGGUAAAUCACCCAAAGCCAGAUGGGAAGAUGACCGAAAUAUACGUGGUGGUCCGAACACUAACAAAACUCGCUCCUCACUUCCAGAACACCCGAGCCAUACUCCUCCAAAACGUAUCCCCGAAUCCAUAAGCUUUAGGAAUGCCAGCGCACACAUGCCCACCAAUGUAGAAAGUCUUGUACAACAACAAAUACAGCUCAUGAUGUCACCCCUUCUCGCUAAGUCUGCUCCCACCAUACCUCCAAGACAGUUUACUGUUCCUCCAACGAUCAGAGAUAAGCAAACAGAACAGACUCAAACUGAUACGCACGCUGCUAGCAGUAGGGAACACUUCAACUCCAGGGGAGUAAAGGGGGAGCAGAAAAGAGACAGUACUGAGGCAGGUUUGAAAGCGACAACGGAAAGGUCAUCAAGGUCAAGGUCAAGGUCACCAGUGAGGCCAAAAUUUGAGGAUGACGAGGAAGAUGAGGCAAGUAAUGAUGGAGAGAAGAAGAUCAAGAAAGAUCCAAAGAGUGAUCAGGAGGUGGUGGCAGAGCGCAGCAGAGAGCAAAAGGAGGUCCUUGAAGAUACAAUGGAUACAGCCAUAAAUGCCAAGCCAAAUAGACCAACAACUCUCGCUGAAGAUGUGUCAUGUCAGUCACCUGACAGUAGUAACAAGGAACACCCAACAAAUACUGGGCUAGAAGGAUAUGAUUCCUCCAAAAAAUACGGGGAGGAGUAUAUCCGUGAAGUCACCGCUUUCCAAUGUUUUUUGUGCGGACGUCGAUUCUGGCAGCAAGAUGAGGUGGAGCAUCACUGCCGUAGCCAGGGCCAUUUCACCAACUAUCAGAAGUGCAAAUUGAAUCUGGAUGAUGAUGAUGAUGAUGAUGAAGACGAUAAAUAAGGACUUUAUCACCUUGAACAGUGUUCAUCCCUUCCCCUCUAAAAUUAUUACGAUAAUGAAACUGUGUUCUGUUCCUGUGUUUACUCAUUUUAAACACCAGUAAAAUGAGCAGGUUCCAAUGAGACACGUUUGACCACUAGAGGGCAGCAGACUUACCAAGUCAAUUUCAAUGGACAAUGAAGUUCAUUCAGAGCAGGUAUGCAAGGAAGCUUUAGAGUGACUUGAUAGAGAGAAAACAGAAUUAUGGCUUGUAUUUCAUAUUUAUGACUUAGUACCAAGUUUUUAAAGCUGUUCAGUACAAAAAUAUUGCUAAGCGCCUUACAGGCAUGCAACUAUUCCUUGGAUCAGCUGAUUUCCUCUGUUUUUGAUCUCAG